UCUGCAGAGACGCCAUUUUACGUCGUGGUAAUGAAACCCUGGAAUUUAGUGAAUGCCGUAGACCUACUUCGAAAAGUUUCAUUUCACCGUCACUAAUUUUCAGUAACAGGGAUAUAUUCGGAUUAAUGCAGGCUUAACAUAACCAGUUGUCGUGGAGCUUGUCUGUCGAUGUUCAGUCAUUUUUUUUUCUUUUCUCUGUCAAUUGGAAGGCUACAUUUGUGGCUGACACACCCGAAACACAACGGAUUACAAUAUCCACUGAUAAUCUUCUAAAACUCAACUCAUAAUUUACUUACAUCUACGGACUACGGCAAUAUGAAGGACGUUUUACUGUUCUUUGUAUUAUUUUUUUUCAUGAACGGUGCGUUUGGUGAGUCAAUAUCAGUGACAGAAGGUGAUUCGGUCACUUUACACACUGCUGUUCUUGAAAUACAGACAGAUGAUGUGUUACAAUGGAGAUUUGGAGCUGAUGGUGUCCUUAUAGCUCAAAUCAACAGAGCAGCCAAUAAGAGCUCUAUAUAUGAUGAUGUUCUUAACCAGAGAUUCAGAAGCCGGUUGAAACUGGACAAUCAAACUGGAGAUCUUACUGUCAGAAACAUAAGAACUGAACAGUCUGGACUUUAUGAAAUUACCAACACCAAACAGACUAUCAGGAAGAUAUUCAAUGUCAGUUGUGUGGCUGUAGAUGCAGUGAAGUCAGUGUCAGUGCUGGUGGGAGAUUUAGUCACUCUACAGACUGGUCUUACUGAACUACAAAGAGAUGAUGUGAUACGAUGGAGGUUUGAGCAUCAAAACUCUCCUAUAGCUGAAAAUAAUAGACAGACUAGAAAAGUCUUCAAAUAUGAUGACACUGAUGAGAGAUUCAGACACCGACUAAAGCUGGACUAUUUGACUGGGUCUCUGACCAUCAGAAACAUUGGAACCAGUCACUCUGGACUUUAUGAAGUGGACAUCAGUACCAGCAGCCGCAAACACACCAUACACAAGACAUUUAAUGUCACGGUCAGCGGUGAAAUGAAGACUGUGUCCUUGAUUGAAGGUGAAUCUGUCACUCUACGUACUGAUGACACUGAAGUACAGAACAAUGAUCUGAUACUGUGGAUGUUUAGAGACACUGUCAUAGCUGAAAUCAAUAAAACAGCCCAAAUAUUCUAUAUAUAUGAUGGUGAUGAUGAAAGAUUCAGAGACAAACUGAAGCUUAAUAACCAGACUGGAUCUCUCACUAUAACAAAAUGCAAAACCUCAAACUCUGGACUUUAUGAAGUGAAUAUCGACAGCAACAGACAUACUGUACACCAGAGAUUCAUUGUUACUGUCAAUGAACGACGUCCGUCUUCAGGUGAAAUAGCAGGGAUUGUUGGUGCUCUGCUGGUGUUUGCGACUACAGUUGCUAUUGUGAUUUACUAUCGCUGGAAGAUCUCUAAACUAAAAUAUGAAGUGAAGUCAGUGGUAGUGUCCGAGGGGGGUUCUGUCACUCUAAACUCUGAAACUAAAAUACAGACAAAUGAUUCAAUCGUAUGGAAGUUUGGAAAGGAAAAGUCUCCUAUAGUGAAAUGUAAAGGAGAGACCGACAUCGCUAUGUAUGAUGUUCCUGAUGUGAGUUUCAGAGACAGACUGGAUGUGGAUCAACAAACUGGGUCUCUGACCAUCUCAAAUAUCACAACUCAACACGCUGGACUUUAUAAACUAAAGAUCAGUGGAAGUGGAAAAACCUCAUUCAAGAGAUUUAUGGUUAUUGUCCUUGAAUCUGCUGAAUUCAGAGUGCCAGAGCAAAUGCAUUUGUUUCAACCGGUGCGUGAGUAGCAAUGCUUACCAUUUAUACAGCACUUCCAGCUGUAUCAUCUGGAGACUUGUGUUAACUUGAUAGCUUUAUAAAAGUUUGCCCCAGAUGUUGGACGGCGACAGAUUUAGUGUGCGAGAUAUUUUACUACAAGCCAGUAUGAUAUAUGCCUGUUGUGUACUGUUUUGUGAUCUAGAAGAAACAAGCAUCAAUAGGAUUCUGUGGAUGAUUCUAGGAUUCUCACAAUGCUAUAAUGCCUUUAGUUACUGGUCCUCAAAUAAUAUCAGUGUCCAAUUGUAUUAUAUUCUGUGAAUUUGUGUUGUCUUCCAAGAGAAUGGUGUAGUGGUGCAGAAGUCUCCUAAUCCAAGUGAUUCACAUCACAUUGUAUUAAUGUGACCGGUCAGUUAUUGUUGCAAAUGUUUUCAUAAAAGUUAUUUUAAUAUCAAAGCUAAAAUGCAGUUAUAUAUCAAAUU